UUGAUGUUCUUUUUGGGUUCUGAUGCUUCAGGUGGCUUACAUGAGAAUUUAUGCUGCGCGUCGUCACAGUUGUUGCAGUAUUCUACGCGCUGUGAAAUAUAUGUUGAUGCUGAAAUUAUUAUCUACGAAAAAGAUGAGAAACCAAAACAUCAGAUAUUUGAAGAAAUCAAUAUCGUAAACUCGAUCUGUUUCAUAAUGGCGCGACUUUUCAAUUCCAUUAAAAUAUAAUUGCAGUUUCACGAUACAGCAUGCGAAUGAUUGAAAUGAAACAACUAACUGAAAUUGCAAAACUUCUCCUUAUUAUAAAUAAAUGGUAUUUAUCACUUAACUGGUUAUAGAGUUUUUCCUAGAUUAUGACAGUGACUACGCCUAUAGCCCAAAUCGUAGUGAGACCAAAUUGCUCAAAAUUAUGAUGCGUCCCUAAAUCUCAGAAAAAUUUUUAAACCGACGAAAAAAUACGACCAUCAAUCAAGCGGACGUGUUCAUAAAUUACAAUACAUUGUUAAAAAAUCCAAUUUCUUUGGGUUCAUUAAACAAAAUGAUUCACAAAAUCGCAUCAUUAAAGGCCAGUUGAGUAUAUAUGUAUUUUCCUCUCGCGGGAUUUUCCGAAUGGGAAUUCUUUUUUGGUUAAUACACGACCCGUAUUCCGGUAUGGAAGGAAAAUAAAUAAAAUACCGACAGGUGGCAAAUCUGAGUUUAAUCGCCAGGUAGUUCGGUCAGUACCAUGAGGCUGGACGAUCCGUGCAGAAGCUGCAUUGUUUUUUUAAUCGUGUUAAUUAAAUGUUUACUAUCCGAAGGAGUACCCUACGGGAAAAUUGAUGAUGAGUCGAUCAGCAAUCAAAAUGUUCGUCAAGCUUUCAAAGUAUUGUUGAACGAAAACUCCGGUGUUGUGGAAAGUGAAAAAAGGAGUAAUGCAGAAGAACCAAAAAUAAAUGUUCAGCUGAAGAAUUCGCCAUUCUACAGAAGCGGCCUUCAAUAUCGUUAUGACCAUCACCUCCAAAAAGAAAUAACGAAAAAAAACAAAGUAUCCCGUUCAGAAACAUAUGAAGAUUUUCCCGAUUACGACUACUAUGUAUACGAAAUUCCCACUAGAGGCCACAGGAAUAGCGCGCGUAGGAACCCACACGCACCCCAUAAUAACCACAAUUUCUACAGUGAUCCGUUUAACUUUCCGCAGUGCCAUUUUCCUCAUCAUCCGCGACGACCCCAUCCUCAUCCUAGACCAUCUCCACAACCGCCUCCAAGUUCAAGUACAACUACUACCCAGUUACCGCAAAUUGACAUCAGAAAUGGCCGCCUUAUCGACGUACGUAACGAUGGCAAUGGACAAAAUUUUAUAUUUCCCACUGAAUAAAUUGUCCCAUAAUUUAAUAAAACAAAAAAUUGAAUUAGAAUUUCUGGUGUACUCAAUCAACUAAAAAUCUGUUUUGCGCCAGAUGUAGAUUGUCACGUAUGUUUUACAGAGUGUUCACAAAUAUGUUUAUUAUGAUUUAAAAGCGUGUUUAAGAAAGAGUGCCAUGAAUAUUUUUUUUUAUUAAUAUUUCAGAAACAUUACCGAAUAAAGUUUUGAAAAUUUGGUAUCUUUUAAUUUUUGUACGCUAAUCGCAUUCUUCUACUCCCUACCCUAACCUACCUCCUUCCCUCCCUAACCCUAACCUCCCACGCUAACCUAAAAUACCCAGUAAUGCACCCCGUACUUUCGCGACGGAUUUUUAGUUGAUUUGAAUUGCGAAUGGCGUUGUCACUUUUGUUAGAUUUGAUGGUCACGUCACACUCAGUGAAUGUUAUUCGUGCUGUUUUGCAAAAAUCAAUUACAAAAGUCACCUUACUUUUUAAACACACCUCGUAUAUAGGUGAGAGAUAAUAAAUAUAAUGAAUUCAUCCAGGGAUGUUCAGUAAGUACAAAAUCAUUGCUUGAAUGAAAAUUAAAAUGAGGACAAGCAUGAAUACAACUGCAGGU